UCGCGCUUUUGCACUCACGGCGUGAGGUCACGUCGGGCCUACAUUCGAGCGCGCGUUGUCCGACAUCCGUCGCGUUUUCCACGCGCAGUUGUUCGCGCGCGCUGCAUUGUGCAGGACGUGCGUGAUCUUGUCGCACCGGUCGCGCGGUUUCCCGCGAUCUUUCGCGGCCACUAACUUUCUAUUCCGACCUCGCUUGGCGAACGUCGCGUCGCCCACAAACGACGGUUUACCUGGCGGUAGCGAAGAGUGAGAGCAGAGGGAGAGAGAGAGAGAGAGAGAGGAAAAAGGAAAACGUUGCAUCGUGCUCGCCACGUUUCGAGAGUACGAAAUUCGGAGCAGUGAGCGAACGCAGGAUGACGGCCACCGCGAUCGGCGACGAGAAUCGUCGUCGUAGGAUAACGCCGACCAAAUUUAGGCCCAAUCGGACACUGUAAUCUCGCAUCUUUUUUGAGACCGAACUUUCCCUCUGCGCGCAACAGGGGUACUUUAACAAACGGAAGAUUUGUACAACCUGGAAAGAUUACGUCGAUCCUCGAAUCAAAAUAGAAUGUUUACGUAUAGCUUCUGAGUCUGUUCACGUGAAAAUCAGUGCGGAAAUAUUACUCGGUCUUCGAUACAGAGCUGGUGAAAUUAGACUUCAUGCGUUUAUAGGCUUCUCUGCUUGAAAACCUGCAUGUGAGCGACAACGUGCGUGUCACGCUGCUGUGUAACGCGCGUGUCUGCUAUCGAGACGGUUUGUACCUCUGCACGUUGCGGGAUAGAAAGUAAAUUCUAACCGCCCGAGGCUUCGCACAGUCGCGACGAGAUUCGAGCUCUCGGCCCGGCGAGAUUGCCGAUUACUCUCCGAAAACUCUCGCCGGCGAUUCGAGCGAAAACAGAUCGAAUGCGAAGAACGUUGAAGUGAAACGAAAGUAGGCGCGAGUCUCUUCGCCACGGGCUCCUCUCGAGCGGUCGAUCUGGAGAAGUGAUCUUUAAACGACGGUUUUUUUAUCGCGGCUACGGUUAUGAUGGGGGUACUGAGGUGGAGGCACGAUCUCAGAUCGGAGGCCGCGGCGCAACAACAGCAGGAACAGCAGCAGCAGAGAUCCGGCGCGGAGCGAUCCGCCAGCCACACAAAUAUUUUUCCGAAGCUUCUGUCGCAGACGUCGAGAGAUGACAGGACGUCGUCGAGCCCCGGCGGUGGUGCGGCCAGCAAUCACACCCCGGCGCUGUCGCCGUCGCCGGUGGGCGACGCGCCCGUCGGCAGGGCGCUCAUGGAAGCGGCUCUGCAGCAGCAGGCCGCGUCCGGCGCCGAGCCGCCCUUGGUCGUGAUGCCGUCCGGAUACUGGGUAGACGGUACCGAUCACCGGCAUACCCUCGACUCGGCCGGCAGGGCGUUGCUUCCGGCGCAACCAGCCUGGCAGCCCAGGAUAGACCAGGACGACACGGCCAAGUGCUAUCGCCGCUUCUUCGUCGGCAGGGAGCACGUGAACCUCGUGGGAAGGGACGGUGAGAACGGCCCGGUCCUGGUCUCGGUGAAGGCCGAGACGGUCGCCGGACAGGAACAUUGGCGAGUAUUGCUGCGACUGCGAGCGGGAUCGACGCACGACUUGGUGCCGGCCGCGAAUCUCAGCUCGAAUCCCACGCCGACGAAAAUGGUCAAGGCGAUCAAUGAAUCUCUAAAUGUGAGCACCUUGAUGCCGGUCAUGUGUCCCGGCGCCGGCACCUUGAUAGCCCGAUACGACGAGCACGCCCUGGUCUCCAGGUUCAAGUUCGGCGUUCUCCAUCAGCGAGCCGGCCAAGUAACCGAAGAGCAGCUCUUCGGCAAUCGGCAGAUAACGCCGGCAUUCCAGGAGUUCCUCGACCUGCUGGGCCAGAAAAUCGAUCUCAAGGAUCACAAAGGUUAUCGCGGCGGUUUGGACACUCGACACGGCCAGACCGGCGAUUCGGCGGUGUACGAGGUAUUCCGCGGUCGCGAGGUGUUAUUCCAUGUAGCCUCGCUGCUACCGUACAGUCCGGGCGACUCGCAGCAGUUGCAACGUAAACGGCACAUCGGCAACGACAUCGUCGCCAUCAUAUUUCAGGAGGAAUCGACGCCCUUCAGCCCGGACAUGAUCGCUAGCCACUUCUUGCACGCCUUCAUCGUCGUGCAAGUCAUCGACCCCUGCACUCCUAAUACGAGGUACAAAGUCAGCGUAACGGCGCGCGACGAUGUUCCCUGGUUCGGACCGACCCUGCCGACACCGGCGGUCUUCCUGCGCGGUGUCGAGUUCAAGGAGUUCUUGCUCACGAAGCUCGUUAACGCCGAGAACGCCGCGUACAAGGCCGAGAAGUUCUCCAAAUUGGAGUUGCGGACUAGGUCAGCCUUGUUGGAAUCCUUAACGGAGGAAUUGCAGAGCAAGACAGCCGAGUUUCUCGGCGGCCAGAUCGGCCUGGGGAAUUCCGGUUUGAAUGUUUGCCCGGUGAGCCCGACGACGAACGAUGUCUCCACUUCGGGAAGCAGCGGUAGCGGCUCGCGAUUCAUCGACACCGUACGCAAGGCGCUGAUCUCGCGCGUGAGAAAUGCGUCGACGGAGAGCGUGCCGCAGCAGCUGGCCAAGAAGGGUCAACAAACGGAGUCCAGUCCACCGAGCAAUCGGCAGUCGACCACCGUAAAGGUGAGCGGCAGCAAGCGUUCAGUGGAGCCGUCCAGUCCUCUCGGCUCGCCGGAUCUGACUCUGAGGAGAGACUCGGAGCGCGGCAGUCUCGGCAGCCAAGACAGCAGUCUCUCCAACACCGACAAUCAGGACAGCAGUCUGGUGACGUUGCAGCAGGACGAGUACGAUCGCAGGGAGUCGCAGAGUGCGGGCGUCGUCUGUCUCGACAGCGACACCACUGUCGUUGACAAAACCCCGACGCCCACGUCAACAACGGUGCAGCGACUAACGCAUGAGAAUCUGCGCACGCAGGAGAAGACAACGACGACGGAGGUGACGCAGCGAGUGAUCUCGGAAAGCGACGACAGUUCGCUCAACAGCGAACUCGAACUCGACCAGGCUGUCUAUCCCGAUAGCGACACGGGCCUCGAAUCUAUGAGCUCCGCGGAAACUCAUGACACCACGAGGUGUACGAGCAAGGACGGAGUUGUGGAGAAUGAGACCCUGAGGAUGGAGGUCACAAGGCUCAAAUGCGACAAACUGGACUUAUUGAGGCAGAAUGUGACGUGCCAACGUGAAUUGAAACGUCGUCGAGAAAAGGAACUGCAACUGGAAUCCGAUUUAGCAGCAGCGUCCAAGGAGAUUUUACGACUGCGAGCUAUGUUGAAGGAAUGUUCCACGAGCAUUCCGCUGGACAACAAUAACCAGCAGACAUCUACGGUGUGAAGUUCGCGGGCGGUUGCAUGCUUUUAGGUGCGAUUACAAAUUGCGUUGAGAUAGACGACUUAUACGGUCGAAGACUGCGUGUUGUUGAAAAAUUUAUCUUUCACAUGCGAAGUAAGUUUCUUCUUUAUUAGAAAUCAUCGCGAUCACGCGACUUGCACGUUAUUUCUUUUUUUUUCUUGCGUUAUUUUUGCGCACUGUCCGAUAUCGAGAUUAUUCGAACGAAAUAGCGCCAACAGUCUAAGAAAAAAUGCACCGAAAACAUCAAGUAAAAGAUCAAGACGUCGUUUAAGAGACAAGUCUCGAUACUUAAAUGUACCUUCCGUUUGUCACUUCCAAAGGUCUAUCAUGAUUGCUCCGUAAGAGCAUGUAGAAUUUGCAAACGCUUCACCGCGCAGAUAAUCGUGCAAACCGACCUUUCCUUCCGCAAGGCAGGGAUCGGUAGAAGUUCUAUAAGUCAUACGAGAUAGUAGGAUUGGCGCAGACCCCGCGGAAAUGCGUGUAGCGACCGAAGCAUUCUCGAACCACACUUGCAGUAUAGAUUGUUAGAGCUCUUGUUUGACUUACAAGACGUGCACACAAUAUUUAUCUAUUAAUUUAUUCGUAGACUUAAGUUGACCACUCGUAGUCAAUAUGCGUACGUGGACAUAAAGGAAAAAAAAAAAAGAAAACCAGUAGAGCUAUAUGUAAUGUUUAGUCGCUUUAGGACGAGGCGCAGAUUCAGCUACUCUCGAGGAAAGAGAAACAAAUGUCGCGAAGCAUCGCGGCGAGAAUACGUUGCGUCUGUGUGUAUCGAUUACGUGUUAGGAGAGUCGAUUAAUCCGUUAACUCCCCCGCUUUAUUCUUCCGUAGCGCGGACCACUCGGUUACACACGAUCGGGCAAAGACCUCUUCCGGACUACUUGGACAAUGCGAUUUCGCACGGUCGCGGGACCCUUUCGUCACGCGAUCACAGAAAGAAAUAUGUAUCGCUAGUUAUACAGUAUUUGUCACGGUAGACUUAGCCCGAGACACACUUACCCCGUUUACUAGUUUCCUAGUAUUAGACGCUAGUUUUAGUGAGCACUUGUACGAGGUUUAAUCAUCGUCGAAAACACUACCACACCCUUUCCCCCGGCCGCUAGCUUUAGCGGAAACUGGUUUCUAACAGUUUUUAACCGAUCGCGCGCACAGCACCAAAUCGUUUAAGUGUAUAUGCAUUACACGUUUCACGAAGUGUCGAUACUCUAUCUCGCACGCGCAGAGAGGGGCGCGUUUAUCAUUCACCGUUCACCGUCUUUGAGUAUUUUUUUUUUUUUUAUUCGUUCUUGGUUGAGACGAGUGUCAAUCCUUCUGUUAUCUUUUAUGGCUAGUAUUAAUACGAUUCUUACCAUUAUUAUUAUUGUCAUUGCUAUUAUUAUCAAUACUUUUAUUAACACCGAUUACGUUGUAAUGUAUGUUCUUUGUAAAUAAUCGUUGAUAUAGAUAACUUGAAGGCGCUAAGCGGACCGGCACAAAGAGGAGGAACAGCGACGUUCACUCACACAUAAUACCAAAGUUUAAUGUAGUAAAAUUCACACUUUUCUUUUUAUUUUCCUCAUUCUCCUUAUUUUAUCCCGCUUUUUUCCGUUAUUGUUGCGGGUUUCCGGCUAAAAGCGAGUACAAGUUUGUUUCAUUGAAAACGUUUUUACAGAUACUUUGCUGAAACAUUAUAUCACUGGUUAUACGAUGUCGCCUCGACACUUCUCUUUCGAGAAUAUGUAAAAUCUGUUUUAUUGCUUACAUAAUUGACUGAUUGUACACUUCAGUAAAACUUUAGUAUUGAAAAAAAACAUGAUCUGAUAUACUGCUGCUUUAGUAUUGAUAAUUUGGAUCUUUUAGUUUUUUUUUUGUAAAAGUAAGAACUUUUUAAUUAAAAUAAAGAAAAAUACUUGAAAAAAGUGAGGUAUAAUUUUUGAUAUUUUUAUGAAUUUUAUAAUUAUAAGAAAAAUAUUAUUUGUGCAUUCAUGAUAAUGAAAGAUACUAAGCGCAGUAUUUCGGAUAGAUUUAUACUCGAAUAAAACCAGCAUUCCAAUUGAAAUUGUGUGGUGUUAUAAAAAUUAUACUUUCCAAAUUUAAUAUUUUAUGUUACCCAUUGAUCGAAACUCAAUGACUACUGUAGCACAGAUUAAGUAAACUUUUAUAUGUAUUACUGUACAAAUAUCCUUGAAGGCUUGUGGACAUUUUCCAGUAAUGUUGCGAAAUAUAUUAUUCCGGGAAGGAACGUUGAUACGCGCGAGUUGUUCGAGAUAUACGUUGAAUUGAAAGUGAUGUACAAAAUUGAAAACUCGUUGAUCUAAAAAAAAAAUAAUUAAAAUAAAAUAAAACGUUUCGAUUGAUGAUUGUUGAUGUUAUAUUCGGUCGCAAUAAAGUCGGCUGAAUAUUUAUAAAGGUGAUUGGAUCGGACUUGACCGAGGUAAUCCGAGAUAAGCGACAGAUAAGCCAAAGAAUACUGGAAAGUCGACGUAGCGAUCGAGAGUCCAAGCGAGCACGCGCACAUUAUCUGCAUGUUUAUCAGACGAGCGAUUAUAUCGUUGUGGACAUUAUUAUUAUAAAGCAUGUGAUUUGGAUAUUUUUCGGAAAAGAAAACGAAAUGUAUACUCUACGUGCACCUGUUAGAUAUCUGGAGGAUUUAUAUUGCGACUUGUAUUUAAUGCUCGUGAGAGAAACUUAGGGGGUACUUCCUUACUUUUACCAAUGUACAUAAUGUCGAGUGUUUACGUUCGAUUACGAAACGGGGAUCGUUGUCCAUGCGUCUCCGGGGAUUUAAGUUUCACCACUCUCUAGUGUGAUUUUUAUGCUGGCCUUGCAAAGUCAAAGAAAGAUAUUAUCUAUAUAUUAUAGAGAGAUAUUCAUUAUUAUAUAUUAUUAGAUGAGAGAAAGAGAGAGAAGGGGGGAAAAAAGUGAGAGAAGGGAGUGAAAGCAGGAGAUAGAAGAUACUAUUGCUACAGAUGUAUAAAUAUAUUUUGUAUCUAACAUUAAUCAUUAUUCACUUAACAACUAACUCGAUUACUACUACUACUCUCCGAUAUGAAGAAUAUAUAUUUCCUACGACGCUCUGACGAUACUCAGAUCCGAUCCUUUUCGUUUUCAAACAUUUAUUUCGAAUAUUCGUAAGUGACGUCUACCGAAACUGUCUUAGAAAAUAUGUUGUCGAUAUAUACACACUUUCGAAUAUAUCAAUUACAUCUGAAGGAAACUACGAUCUUUAUAUUUGCUGUAUCGUGACCUGCGUAAAAAUAAAUACGUGUACACGUAGAUGAAAA